GUCCCUUCGCUUGUCAUCACUCUUUUGUUGCUUUGUUAAUUAAUAAUUAAACAACCGUUUUUAACCAAACCACUCUCCUACAAUCAUCCACUUAGCCCACAACCCAAACAAACAGAUCUCUGUCUUUCCUUUCCUUCGUAAUAACGAAUCGCACAAUUCUCCAGAUGGCUCCGAUUCCGUCGGAGAACGGCGUCGACGGAGACGACGAGCGGGAAGAGGAAGAUGAAGAAGAAGAAGAGGAGGAAGAGGAGGAGGAGGAGGAGGAGGAGGAAGAGCCGAGGCUAAAGUACCAGAGAAUGGGAGGUAGUAUACCGACGUUACUAUCAAAUGAUGCGGCGUCGUGUAUUGCGGUUGCAGAACGGAUGAUCGCGCUUGGGACACUGGACGGCACCGUUCAUAUUCUUGAUUUCCUUGGUAACCAGGUUAAGGAAUUUGCUGCCCAUACCGCUGCUGUCAAUGAUCUCAGCUUUGAUAUAGAAGGUGAAUAUAUAGGUAGUUGUUCAGAUGAUGGAUCUGUUGUAAUACAUAGCCUUUUCACUGAUGAGAAAAUGAAGUUUGACUAUCAUCGACCAAUGAAGGCCAUUGCUUUGGACCCUGAAUAUUCUAGAAAAACAUCUAGAAGAUUUGUAGCUGGUGGUUUAGCAGGCCAUUUGUAUUUUAAUUCAAAGAAAUGGCUGGGAUACCGAGAUCAGGUUUUGCACUCUGGUGAAGGUCCAAUACAUACUGUAAAGUGGAGAACUAGUCUCAUUGCUUGGGCUAAUGAUGCAGGCGUGAAAGUUUAUGAUGCUGCCAAUGAUCAGCGAAUAACAUUUAUUGAGAGACCACGAGGAAGUCCACGCCCUGAACUUUUGCUUCCUCACUUAGUUUGGCAGGAUGAUUCUCUCUUGGUUAUUGGCUGGGGAACAUCCGUGAAAAUUGCAUUAAUAAGAACAAAUGCGUACAAAGGAACAAAUGGGACGUAUAGUCACCUCCCGAUGGCUAGUAUGAACAAGGUGGAUAUUGUGGCAUCUUUCCAAACCAGCUAUUAUAUUUCAGGAAUUGCUCCCUUUGGUGAUUCUUUGGUUGUUCUAGCUUAUAUUCCUGGAGAAGAUGAUGGAGAGAAGGAAUUUAGUAGUACCAUUCCAUCAAGACAGGGUAAUGCACAGAGACCAGAAGUACGUAUAGUUACGUGGACUAAUGAUGAACUUGCAACAGAUGCCCUACCUGUGCAUGGGUUUGAGCAUUACAAGGCAAAGGACUAUUCCCUUGCUCAUUCUCCAUUCUCAGGGAGCAGCUAUGCUGGUGGUCAGUGGGCUGCCGGUGAUGAACCAUUAUACUAUAUUGUAUCCCCAAAGGAUGUUGUUAUUGCAAAACCGAGGGAUGCUGAAGAUCAUAUUGCAUGGCUUCUACAACAUGGUUGGCAUGAAAAAGCUUUAGCAGCAGUUGAAGCGGGUCAGGCUCGAAGUGAACUUCUUGAUGAGGUUGGAUCUAGGUAUCUCGAUCAUUUGAUUGUGGAAAGGAAAUAUGCUGAAGCUGCAUCUUUGUGUCCCAAAUUGUUACAAGGGUCUGCUUCAGCAUGGGAAAGGUGGGUUUUCCAUUUUGCUCAUCUUCGUCAGCUACCUGUACUGGUCCCGUACAUACCAACGGAAAACCCAAGACUGAGAGAUACUGCUUAUGAGGUUGCUCUUGUUGCACUAGCAACAAAUUCAUCUUUCCAUAAGGAUCUUUUGUCAACUGUUAAAUCCUGGCCACCUGUGAUUUAUUCUGCAUUACCUGUCAUAUCUGCUAUAGAACCUCAGCUAAACACCUCUUCCAUGACUGAUGCACUUAAGGAGGCACUAGCAGAAUUAUAUGUAAUUGAUGGGCAAUAUGAGAAAGCUUGUACACUUUAUGCUGAUCUUAUGAAGCCAGAUAUAUUUGAAUUCAUUGAAAAACAUAACUUACAUGAGGCUACUCGUGAGAAGGUUGCCCAAUUGAUGAUGCUUGAUAGCAAGCGUGCGGUACCUCUAUUGAUCCAAAACAAGGACUUAAUUCCUCCAGCUGAAGUUGUCUCGCAACUGUUGGCUGCCAGAAAUAAAUGUGAUUCAAGAUAUUACUUGCAUUUAUAUCUGCAUGCGCUAUUUGAGGCAAAUCCACAUGCUGGAAAGGACUUUCAUGAUAUGCAGGUAGAGCUUUAUGCAGAUUAUGAUCCGAAGAUGCUACUUCCCUUUCUCCGCAGUAGCCAACAUUGCACACUUGAGAAGGCAUAUGACAUUUGUGUCAAAAGAGAUCUUUUAAGGGAGCAAGUCUUCAUACUUGGAAGAAUGGGGAACUCCAAAAAGGCCUUAGCUGUCAUCAUAAAUGAUUUAGGAGAUAUUCAAGAGGCUGUAGAAUUUGUAACUAUGCAGCACGAUGACGACCUUUGGGAAGAAUUAAUUAAGCAGUGUCUUCACAAACCUGAAAUGGUGGGAGUGUUGUUGGAGCAUACUGUUGGCAAUCUGGAUCCCCUGUAUAUUGUAAAUAUGGUACCUAAUGGCUUGGAGAUUCCUAGGCUUAGGGAUCGUCUAGUAAAAAUUAUCACAGAUUACAGAACUGAAACAUCUCUUAGACAUGGGUGUAAUGAUAUUCUCAAGGCUGAUUGUGUAAACCUCUUAAUCAAAUACUACAAGGAAGCAAGACGAGCUGUUCUCUUAAGUAAUGAAGAAGAGGACACGCGAACAAAAAGGGAUGGUAAUCGGGAUUCUCAGACAAGUGAGAGAACACCGACUUUGAGAACAAUGGAGGUUAAAUCAAAAACUAGGGGAGAUGCAAGAUGUUGCAUGUGUUUUGAUCCUUUCUCUAUACAAAAUGUAUCAGUCAUCGUAUUCUUCUGCUGUCAUGCUUAUCACAUGAAUUGUCUAAUGGAUUCCAUGCACACUGUUGAUGCUCAAAAACGGGUCGGAGCCACUUCCCGGGAGCAGGAGUUAGAAUAUGGAUAUAGUGAUGAUGAGGAUAAUGAAGAUGAUACCAAUUCUGGUGCGCCUCGAUUACGAUGCAUCUUGUGUACUACUGCUGCAAGUUGAGAUAGUGUGUUCUUUUUUAUAUUUUCCUUCCCUCGGUUUUUUUUGGUUGGGAAGUAGGUAGGGGGUGGGCAUUGGUGCGAGUUUUUUGUUUUAUUUUAUCAGGCUGUUCUUUCCUUUUUUUUUUUUUUUUUUUUUUU